AUGUUCAAGAAAUUUGAUGAAAAAGAAAAUGUGUCGAACUGCAUCCAGUUGAAAACCUCAGUUAUAAAGUGUAUUAAGAACCAGUUGAUAGAACAAUUUCCAGGUAUUGAACCAUGGCUUAAUCAAAUCAUGCCUAUUUGACAGAAAGAUCCUGUCAAAAUAGUGCGAUGCCAUGAACAUAUAGAAAUCCUUACAGUAAAUGGAGAAUUACUAUUUUUUAGACAAAGAGAAGGGCCUUUUUAUCUAACCCUAAGGUUACUUCAAAAAUAUCCUUUUAUCCUGCCACACCAGCAAGUUGAUAAAGGAGCCAUCAAAUUUGUAUUCAGUGGAGCAAAUAUCAUGUGUCCAGGCUUAACUUCUCCUGGAGCUAAAUUUUACCCUGCUGUAAUAGAUACAAUUGUUGCAAUCAUGGCAGAAGGAAAACAGCAUGCUCUGUGUGUUGGAGUCAUGAAGAUGUCUGCAGAAGAUACUGAGAAAGUCAACAAAGGAAUUGGCAUUGAAAAUAUCCAUUAUUUGAAUGAUGGGCUAUGGCAUGUGAAGACCUAUAAAUGA